CAUUUCUCACAGGUAGAUCUUAGCUCUUGUCCCACACAGAAAGAGGUGAACCCUCCCAGCUGUUACCUGGGAGCUUCUGUUUCUUCUCCCAGCCUCCCAUCUUGGGAAAUCUUCCUUUCCCUGCACACAGGGUCCUUCACCAACCACCCAUCACCUCCACCUGUGUGCAGUCCCCUCAUUAACCCAGAUCAGAGAACAUAAAAAAACAAAACUGUUCAGCUGUUUCUCCUUCUGCUAGGCAAUGUUUUUCCAGUUUUCAAGUCCAGGUAUUGCAAGCUCAUUCAUUUUCCCUUCCACACAAAAAGUCUAAAAGAGGUUUUCCAAUUACUAUUAUCGGUAAAAGUCAACAAUAUUGUUUCCCCAAUCCAACAUAACGACUUUACAUCCAAUAUUGAGAAACAAUAAAUUCUUGAUUUUUAUUCCCCCAGAAGUCUCUUCUCUGCAUUCAUAUAUUGAGACAGUAAUCCAUAGUUAUUUACUUACUGUAUAUUCCCCAAUUCACACCCAGAUCCAUAUCUUCCAAUCCCAUUUCCUGUUGGCUUAGGUUUUCCAUCUUCUUUUUUAAUGGCUUCCAUUUCCUCUUCUUCCAUUCUUUUUUCCAAAAGUGUUGCCAGAGGCUUAGGAGCUUUCCCCUCUUAAUUUCACUCCAAAUUAUAUGCAGAGUCUUUUCUUUCUCAUCAAUGUCUCUUCCAGCUCUGGGUAUUUCUUAAUAUCUCUGUCCAUGGUUUCAUUCUACUCCUCCAACAUCAUAACUUCAUCAUUUGGCUGUUUCACUCAUCCAGGCACCUGUGUGGAGGUCCUCUCCAUUUCAUCAUCUACUACCUCCAGCUUUGCCAUUCCAUUCUCCUGUUCUGGCAAUCCUCCAUCAGUAUUUCCCCCCAAAACACUCUGUGGCUUCUUCAGCCUCAGCUUUGUCCAUUCCAUUUUUAUUCACCAUUUUAUGCAUCUCCGCUCUGAGCUCUUUCAAUUGCUCAUUCAGUAGUUGCUGCAUGAAACCAACAGUGGAGUUUUUUUUCAGUAUUUCAUCAUACUGAGUGCUUUCUCUAAGAUCCACACAGUCCUUGCUUAUCAGAAAUACAUUUCUAGCAUUCCUCUCUCACAGCAACACAUGAUUAUAACAUGUAGUUUCAUGUUAUAAUCAGCACAUUCACCAGUGAAGUGGAGGACUAAAAAUAGAACAAAAUUAAAUGAAAAUUCCUGAAACUUGGAUCGCCUCUUAGCUGUUUAGAAUCUUUCUUAGAUAUGUAUGAUUAAACCAUAAUUUUUGUUUUGUUUUCAUCCCCUUAGUGCCAUCUCAUCUUAAGACAGCAGUUGGGUCAUAUUUCAGAUGUACAUUUUAACUGGCAGAGAGAUAGUCUCAGUGAUAAUUUAUAGCAGAUUCAGAAUUAAUUGAAGAAAGAGAGGUUUAGUCAAUCUUUGCCCUAAGGAUUGACCCUUAGGGCUAUUAUGCGGUGUUUGGGCAAGAUUACGGUUCUUCUGUUCUCAGUCACUCACCCCAUCUGAGUCUCUUGAAAGUUUCUUUGUCCCUCAGUGAGAAAGCAGCCUUUUCAGAGCACUGGAAGUUAAUCCCUGUUGUGUCUAUUCUUCGGAGAUAAUUCAAUAACCUAGAUUUAUGGCUUGGCUGUCAUCAGUCACUACGUAACUAUCUCUGUCAAUGGAGUUUCAACAGGAUACAUUUAAUCCACCAUGGUUCCUCCCCAGAAGUCCACUAAUUAAAUAAAUUUCAAGAGGGACAAAUGCAAGGUUCUACACUUAGGUAGGAAGAAGCUGCUGCACCAAUAUAAGAUGGGGGACACCUGGCUUGUCAGUAGUACAUGUGAAAGGGAUCUAGGGGUCUUAGUGGACCACAAGCUGAACAUGAGUCAACAAUGUGAUGCAACAGCAAAAAAAGUCUAGUGUCCCGAUCAAGGGAAGUAAUAGUCCUCCUCUAUUCUGCCUUCAGACCACACCUGGAUGCCACAAUUUAAGAAGGAUAUUGACAAGUUGGAAUGUGUGCAGAUGAGGGCGACCAAGAUGAUCAAGGGUCUGGAAACCAAGCCUUAUGAGAAAUGGUUGAAAGAGCUGGGUAGGUUUAACCUGGCAAAUAGGAGAUAUGGUAGGCAUCUUCAAAUAUCUCAAGAGCUGUCACAUGGAAGAUGGAGCAAGCUUGUUUUUACCUGCUCUGGAGGGUACAACAUGAACCAAUGGAUUCAAGUUACAAGAAAGGAGAUUCCAACUACUGGUAAAUAUCAGGAAGAACUUUCUGUAAGAGCUGUUCAACAAUGGAACAGCCUCCUUCAAGAGGUUGUGCACUGCUCUAUGCUACUCAUUUCAGUGGGGAUUGCAGAAGACACUUUCUAGGUUGAUCUUUCCACUUGCUGGGAGGGGAGCAAGUGUUAAUUGGAAUUUUCUUAAAUGUCAUGGGCCAGUCCCUUGAAUUAUUUUUUAUAGCAGGGAUGGGGAGCCUGCAACUUUCCAGGCAUUGCUGGACUACAACUCCCAUCAUCUUUGAGUGAUGGCCAUGCUAUCUGGGGUGAUGGAAGUUGGGGUCCAAGAGGAUCUGGGGGGCUACAGAGUCCCCAUUCUAUUUUAUAGGGAAAGUGAAAUCAUUUUCAACAAAGUUGAAAAAACCUGGAGCUUAUACCCGGCUCACUAGUGGAAGCCAGCGCAAUAACAUCUGCUAAUGCAAGUAGACUUUCCCGGCCUCCCACAGAUCUGCUCUGGAGGGUCAAGAGAACCCCCAGAAGAGCGAGCCGGGGAGGAGAGGGGGAUUAUUCCAUCUGACAAACAGAAAUGCUUGCACUGACAAAACAAUUAUAAUAGCACAACCCUAAAGUCCCCCAACAGUCUUUCAUUUUUAAAGUAAACAUUCAAGAUGUUUGGGGCUGAAUAAUGAACAUGAAUCAGAAAGUCACAAAUGUCUGUAUGUUACCAUCCUUGGGAUGUUAUACACAUGUAGUAUUUUAUUCAUAUUUGUCAUGGUGUGAACACACUUUUGUCGUGUGCUCCACACACAGUGCAAUACUUUCCAGUUCUAUUGCAUCCCUUUCACGCAAGGUGCCCCUCCCCCGAAAGCGCAUUGACAAUGGUUUUGUGGUGCAUGGGCUUGACUUCUGCAGCCAAACGACACCUUUCAAAAUAUAUAACUUGUGAACAACAUGCUUUUCUAAUUAGCAACAAAGAUAUGUCUAACAAAAGCAUGGGGAAAGUUGUGACUACAGUGGUACCUCAGGUUGCAGACGCUUCAGGUUACAGACUUCGCUAACCCAGAAAUAGUACCUCGGGUUAAGAACUUUGCUUCAGGAUGAGAACAGAAAUCGCGCACCAGCAGUGGGAGGCCCCAUUAACUAAAGUGGUACAUCAGGUUAAGAAUGGACCUCCAGAACAAAUUCUUAACUCGAGGUUCCACUGCAUUCCAAUACUCCAGAGCUGGUUGAGAUGUAGAUUUAAUGGGGGGAAAGGCUGGCUAUCUUAAAACUAGGGCUGGUGAGAAACAGAUUUUGGUGAUAUUUUGGACAUGUUCAUCGGUUAAAAGAGUCAUGACAGAUGUUGAAGAAUAUGUUAUAAUAGUUUUAAGAUCAUCAUCUUAUAGAUGUAACUAUGUCCCAUUUAGUUGCAUAGGGCUUACUUCCAGGAAACUGGGUACAGGAUUUCAGCCAGAGUCUGAUGCUUCUUGUUUUCCCUUCCCUUUUUGUUAAUGAUGAAUUAAAAUAUGAAUAUAUUUGUUUAAAAGACUUAAAAAUUCAUUCCUUCUCUCAUUUAAAGCACCCUUUAAACUGCACAUUUAAAGGGACAUGUCCUAAACUAAGAGAGCCAGUGUGUCACACAUUGGGGCUAGAAAGACUCUAGUUCAGAGGUUUCCAAACUGUUACCCGCAAGCUUCAUUCAGGUGGUCCACUGCAUGUCUCUAGAUUUGUGACUGAAAAUGGAAGACCACACAUCCAUUGUGUUAAAUAUUCAUAAUGAGUUUAAAUUGCAUUUUUAUUGCUUUUAUUUCUUAUUUUAUUGCACUACAAUUUGACUUCUGUGGAAUAGAAUAAAUAGAACACUGUACUUAAGAAGUAAAAGAAGCAAUGAAAACAGAAUUAAAAACCAUGCAGCAUCUAGCAAAGCGCAUUACAGUUGCUACAGAAAAAUCAUUAAGACCCUCAGCAGUUUUUAAGAGGUCCAGGGGAGAAAAUGUUAGGGAUCCACUUGCCCUGGUUCAAAUUGCUGCUCUCAGCCCUGAAGCUGCCUGGGCGACUCUAGGCCAGCCACCUUCUUCCUGUACCUAACCUGCUUCAUGGGGCUGUUGCAAAGAUAAAAUGCAAACUGCCUUUAGCUUCUUAGCGGAAAGGUAAGCUAUAAAUAUAAUAAAUAGCAUUCCUCAUUAAUACUGCCCUCAUAUCCAAAGAAACUUGAUAACCAAACACUUCCUGAAUGAUAUUUAGACUCGGUACUUCUUGUGUGGUGGGUUGUUUUGUUUUGUAUUAUGUCGUUUUUGAAGAACUGACACAGGUGCUGUAGAGGUUCUUUUAAAGGCGCUGGGAGCAAUGCCUCUGCAGUAAAGAUCCAGCUACAGGAUGUCUUGCAGGCCUAACCCAAGGGACCACCUAGAGGCUGGCAGCUGCUGUCCCCAUGGUUACAAAACACAAGACCUUGGGAAGGAAGCAACCUUACCCCCGCUGUGCCGUGAUGUCACCAGCAGCCAAUCCUGCCGCUGCAGCUGUUUCAUAACCACAUUCACUGGAAGGAGCGUGACUGGAGCGGCUGCCAAGGAAACCGACAGGGCCUAUGCAUGGGAAGGAGAAUCAAAGUCCACACUGGGAUAGGAAAACACCAGGCUCAGAAGCCUGCCUCGCACCACCUGUGAAUUGCAUUUCGGAGGCUUUUGCCAAAGCAAGCAACAUGUUACAGCAGAACAGUUGCUGCAGGAGCAGUUCGGCCGUCAUUCAGGAAGAGCCCUCCAGAACUUCGGAAAGGACUGUGAGGAAACCAGGAGGCAGAGAACCACUCUUGCUGGUGUCUGGAGGUCUCCUGCUGUGUGUGGGACUUGUGGCUUCAGGAGCCUUUGACGGUGUUCACACGGAAGUUGGGUACGAGUACUAUGCUGAACCAACUGUGUCAGGAUUGCCUCCCGUACUUGCUAUGCCUGCCAAUUGUUUAGUCAACUUGGCCUACAUCUUUCUGGGCUGGCACUGGCUGCCUUCAGGUGACGAGAGAGGUCAGGCAUGCUACCUCCAGGAGGUCUUUGCCCUUAUGGCGCUUGCAUAUGGGCCUGUACAAUGGGUGCGACUCUGGACACAGCAUCACUGGGCAGCUGUCUUAGAUCAGUGGUUGACUUUGCCAAUUUUUGCUUGGGGUGUUGUCUGGUGUCACUUUCUGGAGCACGGGUGGCAACCAGGCACUUUCCUGGCCAUGGAAGCAGCUUCACUGACGAGUUAUGUUCUGGCAUUGCUUCACCCCCAAGGCUUUGAGCUGGCAUUGAGUGGACAUAUAUUUAUAAUUGUUUGGAGAGCACUGAAGGCGCAGAGACAUUUGGGUAAUGCCCGGUCGGCUUGGAUCCUGGUGCUAGGAUUGGUCUCUUGCCUGGGCUUUGUAAGCCUCAAGCUGUGGGACCAGGAGCUGGCACAAUGGGCACCUUUCCGCCGGCUUACUGGUCACUUUUGGUCCAAGAUCUGCGAUGUGCUGCAGUUCCAUUUUGCCUUCUGCUUUUUUACCCAGCUGAGCAGGCGCCAGCUCUGGUCUCAGUGAAUUAGUCCACAAUCGUCACAUGCCACUUUUUUUAUAAACAUAACAAUCAAAGUACAUAACAUUAGCCAUGGCUGCAAUGGCAGAGGGGUUUUAAAUUGCUGGAUCUGAAAUAAAAAGCUGCACACAGAAA